AUGGCUUCCCUAAACUCUCAACCAUCUAAGAAAGGAAUACGCAACCCUGGAGGUUCUAAUAAUUCUCAACCUGCUCGAAACUCCAGUGGCCAAACUGUGAAAUUUGCAAGGCGAACAUCAAGUGGGAGGUAUGUUAGUUUGUCGAGGGAAGAUAUUGACAUGUCUGGAGAGUUAUCUGGAGAUUAUACAAAUUAUACAGUACAUAUUCCUCCCACACCGGACAAUCAACCCAUGGACACGAAUAUCGCCACCAAAGCUGAAGAGCAAUAUGUUUCUAAUUCUCUCUUUACCGGUGGAUUCAAUAGUGUAACACGGGCUCAUCUCAUGGAUAAGGUGAUUGACUCAGAGGUAACUCAUCCUCAGAUGGCUGGAGCCAAGGGCUCAUCAUGUGCUAUGCCUGCUUGUGAUGGCAAGGUAAUGAAGGAUGAGAGAGGAAAAGAUGUAAUCCCUUGUGAAUGCAGGUUCAAGAUUUGCAGAGAUUGCUAUCUUGAUGCACAGAAAGACACUGGUUUGUGUCCAGGUUGCAAAGAGCCAUACAAAGUUGGAGAUUUUGAUGAUGAUGAUGUUAAUGAUUUUUCUGGUGGCGCUCUGCCAUUGCCGGCUCCAGGUAAAGGGGAUAACAAUAACAUGUCCAUGAUGAAGAGGAACCAAACUGGGGAUUUUGAUCACAACAGGUGGCUGUUUGAGACUAAAGGAACUUACGGCUAUGGUAAUGCUUUUCGACCUCAAGAUGAUAUGUAUGAUGAUGAUGGGAGUGAUGGGUUGCAAGGAACAAUCAUGGACAACGCAGAUAAGCCUUGGAGACCUCUCAGUAGGAGACUUCCAAUACCAGCUGCCGUCAUCAGCCCUUACAGGUUGCUGAUUGUUAUCCGGUUGGUUGUGUUAUGCUUCUUCUUGGCUUGGAGACUUAGAAAUCCAAAUGAUGAAGCCGUAUGGUUGUGGCUUAUGUCAGUGGUGUGUGAGGUAUGGUUUGCUUUCUCUUGGAUCCUCGAUCAAAUUCCUAAGCUCUGCCCAGUUAACCGAUCUACAGAUCUUCCGCUUCUACGCGAUAAAUUCGAUUUGCCAUCACCGUCCAAUCCUACUGGGAGAUCUGAUCUCCCUGGAGUUGAUUUGUUUGUAUCGACAGCUGAUCCUGAGAAAGAACCUCCACUUGUCACUGCAAAUACGAUUCUUUCUAUUCUAGCAGUUGAUUACCCUGUAGAGAAGGUGGCAUGUUAUGUUUCUGAUGAUGGUGGUGCUCUACUAACAUUCGAGGCAAUGGCUGAGGCUGCCAGCUUUGCGGAUUUGUGGGUUCCAUUUUGUCGGAAGCAUGAUAUUGAACCAAGGAACCCUGACACAUAUUUCAGCUUGAAGGUAGACCCGACCAAGAACAAGAGCAGGUCUGAUUUUGUGAAGGACAGGAGAAGGAUAAAGAGGGAGUAUGAUGAGUUCAAGGUUAGAAUCAAUGGCCUUCCUGAUUCAAUUAGGAGAAGAUCAGAUGCCUUCAUCGCAAGAGAGGAAAUGAAGAUGUUAAAGCACAUGAGAGAGAGUGGUGCUGAUCCAAUGGAUCCAAUGAAGGUCAACAAGGCUACGUGGAUGGCGGAUGGCACUCACUGGCCUGGAACAUGGGCUAGUCCUACUCGCGAUCAUUCAAAAGGCGAUCAUGCUGGAAUUCUCCAGGUGAUGUUGAAGCCACCAAGCACUGAUCCCUUGCUGGGAACUGCUGAUGAGAAGCUCAUAGAUCUUUCGGAAGUAGAUACCCGGUUGCCCAUGUUUGUAUAUGUCUCGCGAGAGAAACGUCCAGGUUAUGAUCAUAACAAGAAAGCUGGUGCCAUGAAUUGUCUGGUUCGAGCUUCGGCAAUAUUAUCCAAUGGCCCAUUCAUUCUCAAUCUUGACUGUGAUCACUACAUUUUCAACUGCAAAGCUGUUCGUGAAGGAAUGUGCUUUAUGAUGGAUAGAGGUGGGGAAGAUAUCUGCUAUAUUCAAUUCCCACAAAGAUUUGAAGGCAUUGACCCUUCUGAUAGAUAUGCCAAUAACAAUACUGUUUUCUUUGAUGGCAACAUGCGAGCCCUUGAUGGUGUACAGGGUCCAGUUUAUGUGGGAACUGGCUGCAUGUUCAGACGUUUUGCACUAUACGGGUUUGACCCACCAAAUCCAGACAAGCUACUGCAAAGAAAAGACGCAGAGACAGAAGCACUGACGACUAGCGACUUCGAUCCUGAUCUUGAUGUGAAUCAGCUACCUAAGCGAUUUGGAAAUUCAACAAUGCUAGCUGAAUCUAUACCCAUUGCAGAGUUCCAAGGUCGCCCUUUAGCAGAUCAUCCUGCAGUUAAGUAUGGACGACCUCCUGGAGCUCUCAGGGUCCCCCGUGAUCCCCUUGACGCCACUACAGUCGCUGAAGCUGUUUCUGUCAUUUCUUGUUGGUACGAAGACAAGACUGAAUGGGGUGAUAGAGUGGGCUGGAUUUACGGUUCUGUGACAGAAGAUGUGGUGACGGGUUACCGUAUGCACAACCGCGGUUGGCGAUCAGUUUAUUGCAUCACCAAACGUGAUGCCUUCCGUGGCUCAGCUCCGAUUAAUCUGACCGAUCGUCUUCACCAAGUGCUCAGAUGGGCAACAGGCUCUGUGGAAAUAUUUUUUUCAAGAAACAACGCUUUGCUUGCUUCGAAACGCUUGAAGUUACUUCAACGUCUGGCUUAUCUCAACGUCGGAAUCUACCCUUUCACCUCCUUAUUUCUCAUCGUCUAUUGCUUUCUACCUGCGCUUUCACUUCUCUCCGGUCACUUCAUUGUGAAAACCCUAAGCAUUUCAUUUUUAGUUUACCUACUAACAAUCACUAUUUGCCUUAUUGGGUUAGCAUUACUGGAGGUCAAAUGGUCUGGUAUAGGACUGGAAGAAUGGUGGAGAAAUGAACAAUGGUGGCUUAUCUCUGGAACAAGCGCUCACUUAUAUGCAGUUGUGCAAGGUAUUCUCAAAGUCAUUGCUGGGAUUGAAAUUUCCUUCACAUUGACUUCAAAGUCCACAGGAGAAGACAACGAUGAUAUAUAUGCAGACUUGUAUAUCGUAAAGUGGUCUUCAUUAAUGAUCCCUCCAAUUGUUAUCGCCAUGAUUAAUAUAAUAGCUAUUGCUGUGGCUUUUUCUAGGACAGUUUACCAGACAUCUCCACAGUGGAGUAAAUUUGUGGGAGGAGCUUUUUUUAGUUUCUGGGUGUUGGCUCAUUUAUAUCCUUUUGCAAAGGGUUUGAUGGGGAGGAGGAGUAAGACACCCACCAUUGUUUUUGUUUGGUCUGGUCUUAUUGCCAUUACACUUUCAUUGCUCUGGAUUGCUAUUAACCCACCAGUAGGAGGUGCAGCACAGGCUGAUGGGGUUGGAGGUGGAGGUUUCACGUUUCCAUGA